AUGGACUACACGUCCGUCUACAUAGAGGACUACACGUCGGACUACACAGGAGCUGCAGCCUGUCUCCAGGUGCCUGAGUGUCCCGUGUCUGUAGGCGUGUCCACCUGCCUGGCUCUGGGCGUGGUCUCCCCCAACGCCGCCUUCACCCAGAUGGCCACCACCUUCGGCCUGGCCGGCCAGGUGGGCUACCACACGGUGUGGGGCGUGACCUCCGCCCUGCACUCGCCCCUCAUGUCGGUCACCAACGCCAUCUCAGGUCUGACCGUCUGGUCUGACCGCUGUUGGGGGUCUGGUGCCGAUGGGGGGGGGGGGGCUCGCCGCCUGGGGAACGUCCUGGGCAUGAUGGGCGUGGCCGGGGGCAUCGCCGCCACCCUGGGCGCCCUCAGGCCCUCCCCGGAGCUGCUGUCCCAGAUGUCUCUGGCCAUGGCACCGGGGGGACCCUGGGUAGGUCUGACGCUCGCCAAGCGCAUCGAGAUCUCCGACCUUGCACAGCUGGUGGGCCCGGCUGCGGUCCUCACCUGCGUGGCCGAGUUCAUGAUCGAGUUCCCUCACCUGGACACGCACCCGGCCGCCGGGGUCCUCAAGACCGUGGCCUACCUGGGCACCUACAUCGGGGGCGUCACCUUCAGUGGCUCCCUGGGUUACAGGGACCGGCCAAUGGGAGACCAGGGUUACAGGGACCGGCCAAUGGGAGACCAGGGUUACAGCGACCGGCCAAUGGGAGACCAGGGUUACAGGGACCGGCCAAUGGGAGACCAGGGUUACAGGGACCGGCCAAUGGGAGACCAGGGUUACAGGGACCGGCCAAUGGGAGACCAGGGUUACAGGGACCGGCCAAUGGGAGACCAGGGUUACAGGGACCGGCCAAUGGGAGACCAGGGUUACAGGGACCGGCCAAUGGGAGACCAGGGUUACAGCGACCGGCCAAUGGGAGACCAGGGUUACAGGGACCGGCCAAUGGGAGACCAGGGUUACAGCGAUCGGCCAAUGGGAGACCAGGGUUACAGGGACCGGCCAAUGGGAGACCAGGGUUACAGGGACCGGCCAAUGGGAGACCAGGGUUACAGGGACCGGCCAAUGGGAGACCAGGGUUACAGCGACCGGCCAAUGGGAGACCAGGUUGGGGUCUGUGCAGCCAAAGCCCAGUACCCCAUCGCUGACAUGGUGAAGAUGCUGAAGGAGCAGGGCAAGAGCGUCAGGUUUGGGAUCCACCCCGUGGCCGGCCGCAUGCCGGGCCAGCUCAACGUGCUGCUGGCGGAGGCCGGCGUGCCCUACGACGUGGUGCUGGAGAUGGAGAUCAACGGGGACUUCCCAGAGACGGACCUCACGCUGGUCAACGGGGCCAACGACACCGUGAACUCCGCGGCCCAAGAGGACCCCAACUCCAUCAUGCCGGUUCUGGAGGUGUGGAAGUCCAAACAGGUGAUCGUGAUGAAGCGCACCCUGCGCGCCGCCGUGGACAACCCCAUCGUCUACAAGCCCAACACCUCCAUGCUGCUGGGGGACGCCAAGAAGACCUGCAGGCCAAGAUCAGAGAGGACGAGGGGCCCUGAAGGCCUCUCCACCACGGCCCGGAGGUCAGAGGCCUUCUACUCGGGGCCCUGAAGGCCUCUCCACCACGGCCCGGAGGUCAGAGGCCUUCGACUAGGGGCCCUGAAGGCCUCUCCACCACGGCCCGGAGGUCAGAGGCCUUCGACUAGGGGCCCUGAAGGCCUCUCCACCACGGCCCGGAGGUCAGAGGCCUUCUACUCGGGGCCCUGAAGGCCUCUCCACCACGGCCCGGAGGUCAGAGGCCUUCGACUAGGGGCCCUGAAGGCCUCUCCACCACGGCCCGGAGGUCAGAGGCCUUCGACUAGGGGCCCUGAAGGCCUCUCCACCACGGCCCGGAGGUCAGAGGCCUUCUACUCGGGGCCCUGAAGGCCUCUCCACCACGGCCCGGAGGUCAGAGGCCUUCGACUAGGGGCCCUGAAGGCCUCUCCACCACGGCCCGGAGGUCAGAGGCCUUCUACUCGGGGCCCUGAAGGCCUCUCCACCACGGCCCGGAGG